UGGAACAACAGGUUACGGUUCCUGAGGAUUGCAACAGGCCGCCCAUGCAGUGCUCUGCGAUUGGAGAACUUCUUGGCUAAGAUUCCUCCUGUCACAUGUUUGGCAGUUCCCUAUAUUAGAAGGCAAGCCAAGUAAUAUUUGUACCGAAGCGUCUCCAGGAGCCCAGGGAAGGAUUGCAAAGAGAUCAGAAGGGGAAGGAUGAGUGAAGACACGUCCACCAGUGAGGCAGCCACGGAUGUCAAAGGAGACAAUCCUGAAGUGCUCAUGAAGGAGAACGUCGUGACCCGAGUGAUCAGCUUACCCUUGAUCAGCGCCAUGUACAGCCUCUGUGCCUCUUUAUAUAACCAGGCCAAAGAAAGGCAUCCGUAUUUCAACAAGGCUGCCCAUGUGCUGGAGACGGUGACUGCAGUGGCCGUGGGGAUUGUCAUUGGAGGCACAAAGCCCGUUCUCAACCACGUCGUGCCCCGCAUUUCAGCAGUGAACAAGUAUGUGAACCAGGGGCUGGACAGAAUAGAGGAGACCUUGCCCUGCCUUCACCAGCAGCCCACUCAGCUGUAUGAAGACGGCCGCAACUUAACCAAAACAGUGGUUUCUUCCACGGUCAGCACAGCCAAGGACGCUGCUGUUGGAGCCAAAGGUAUCUUAACCCAAAGAGUGGCAGAAGCUGCAGACAUCACCAAGGAUAUUGUGCAUGACAGUGUUGGCUUAACCAAGACAGUAGUGGCUUCCACACUCAACACUGCCAGGGAGGCUGCAUUUGGGGCGACAGAUCUCAUGGCCCAUCGAGUGUUCGAUGCUGUCAACUUGACCAAAGGGACCGUUCAGGACACUGUUGACUUGACCAAGUCAGUGAUGUCUUCCUCUAUGAACACAGCAAAGGACGCUGCAUUCAGGGCCACAGACCUCGUGGCCAAUCGAAUGGGCGACAUCAUUAACUUGACCAAAGGGACAGUCCUAGAUGGUGUUGACUUGACCAUUUCAAUGAUGAAUUCCACAGCUGACACCACCAAGGAUGCCACGUUCGGGGCCACGGAUCUUGUGACAAAUAGAGUAAAUGAUAUUGUCAACCUGACCAAAGGGACCGUUCAGGACAGUGUCGACUUGACCAAGUCGGUGGUAACGUCCUCGGUCAACACCGCAAAAGAUGCUGCAUUUGGGGCCACAGAUCUUGUGUCCCACCGAGUGGCUGACAUCGUCAACCUGACCAAAGGGACCGUUCAGGACAGUGUUGGCUUGACCAAGAUGGUGGUGAAUUCCACAGUGAAUACUGCAAAGGAUGUCGCAUUUGGGGCCAAAGAUAUUGUGACCAACAGAGUGGGCGAAAUCAUCAACUUGACCAAAGGGACUGUUCAAGACAGUGUUGACUUGACCAAGUCGGUGGUGUCCUCUACAGUGAGCACCGCUCUCCAAGCUGCCCAGGGAACGAGGGAUAUCAUGGCUGGCCGGCCAUACAAACCUGCAGAGAACAGCAGUGACCAAGUUGUUGAGCUGACCAACUUCCUGAAGCAGAUGUUAGCAAGUGGAGUGGACGCUAUGCUGGAGAAGUCAGAGAGAAUGCUGGACCAGUUCCUGCCCGUGACGCAGGAAGAGCUGGAAAUGCUGGCCACAGAAGUACCGGAUUCAAAGAAGGCUUCCACAAAGGAUGGGCAGCAAAGUUACUUCAUCCGCUUGGGAUCCCUCUCCAACAAAGUACGCCAUCGGGCCUAUAUGCAUUCCAUCAGCAAGCUCCAUAUCCUUAAGGAAAGCACUCAAAAUAUACUUUUGCAGCUCCAGAUGGUCCUUAACUUGGUCGAGAAUGUGAAACAAGGUGUUGGACAGCGGUUCCACGAGGCCCAGCAGAAACUUCACCAGGUCUUGUCGGAGUGGGUCCAGAUGCAGCCCGGAGGGAGCCAGACCCAAGGAGACGCGUCGAUGGAGGUGGAAUCACGCACUCUGACUUUACUUCGCUUGAUCACCCAAGACCUGGGCCCAGCCUACCUUCGGCUGAUGUCGAGCAUCGAAGGCCUCCCUGGCAACGUCCAGGAGAAAGUGGACCGCGCCGUCAGCAACGUCCGCCAGCUCCAAGCUUCUUUCUCAUCUGCCACGUCUUUCCGAGACUUGUCCUCCCGCAUCCUGGUUCAGGGCCGCGAGCAGAUCGCCAAGGCGCGUGAGGCUCUGGACAUGCUGGUGGAGUACGUGGCGCUGAACAUGCCUCUGAACUGGAUCGUGGGGCCUUUCCGGGCACUGCCAGCUGGUGCUGAGGAGGUCACAAUGGCGGAAACGCCUGCAUCAGGCGGCCCAGAGAGAGCAAGGAAGGCACCAAAGGAUGCAGGCGAGACCGCCAGGUUGAGUGGGGCUCAGAAGGAGACGAUGUUGCCCUCCCAGCCGCUGAGGGCUGUGCCCAAAACGGCAAAGAUGCCAGAGCGAGCCAGGGAGCCAGGAAAGGUGAAAGAAGCGGCCAAGACUCAGGAGGCAGAAGAAGCCACUUUUGAAAUGCCAAAGAGGGCAAAGAGAGAGGCCGAGGGGAGGGAAGGGGAAACCAAAAAGGCAGGGAAAAGUGCUCUGAAUGAGGCCGCUGAAGCUCCUGAGAAGAAGCCAUAAAGUUUCCAAUAUUUUUCCUGAAGCUGUUGGAGAAGUUCUCUUGGCUGGCCUUGCUGUCUUGCACCACCCCUGACAGAAAACUCUUCUCAGCCGAGCCCAGCCGCCUCUCAAGCAAAUACAUUAUUUAUUGGCCUUUCAAAAGAAGUUCCUUGCAGUGCCUCUGUAUGACCCUCUGGGUUCUGCCUCCUUCUGAUCUCUGCGCCAGUUAAGAGUUGCCCACUGCUGCAGACAUGCAAAGGGAUUCCUCCUCAACUCCUCUGCGAUGGGGCAGGCUGCUGCUUCUCUGUAUGAUUUGUCAUGCUGGUCUAAAAUAGCUGCUUCUGAUUCUGCAUCAGCAUCAUCCUUUCUCAGAAUUAUUCUCUUUCAGCAGAAUUGUCAGCUUUUAGUGGAGGCUCUCCCUUGAACUUCUGUAGCGAUCCCUGCUCAGAAUUAACCUCCUUUUUAUAGAAGGCUUGCCCUGAAAAAGAGGCUCAUGGAGAAAUAAAGGAGGGGGUUUCUCUCGAUGUGAAGCAGGCUUUUAGAACCAAAAUUGCCUCUGCUUUUGGCAUUGGGAGAGCUUGGCUUGGCUAGAGUGAGCUCUGUUUUGCAGGUGGGAUGUCCCUACGCUGGCCAACUUGUAUCUGAAUAAAACCGACUGCUGAUACCCCUUUCUUCUUACAUGUAAUGUGAUAGCUCUUUUGUUUUUGGAACAAAAUAAAGUUCGUGGUCUUGACAGCGGAA